CAAAUUGAUCACUAGUUCACUUUCGAUAAGCUUCUUGUUCUAUAUUUAUGGCUUCUCCAUUUCUACUCCUCGCUGUUCUAGCUUUGGCUUUUGCACAAGCUCUUGCUUUUGAUCCUAGCCCUCUCCAGGACUUCUGUGUCGCGGAUUUGAAAUCCGACAUUUUCAUCAAUGGGUUCGUGUGCAAAAAUCCGAAGCUGGUGAUGGCGGAGGACUUCUUCUCCUCCGGCCUGAACAUCGCCGGAAACACGAAGAACAAGGUCGGGUCCAACGUGACGCUCGUCAACGUCAUGAGGCUCCCGGGGGUCAACACUCUCGGCGUCUCCAUCGCGCGCCUCGACUACGCCCCAUACGGCCUCAACCCUCUCCACACCCACCCCCGCGGCACAGAGAUCCUCACCGUCAUCGAGGGAACCCUCCUCGUCGGCUUUGUUACCUCUAACCCUAACAACACGCUCUUCCUCAAGACCCUCCGUGUCGGUGACGUAUUCGUGUUCCCCAUUGGCAUGAUCCACUUUCAGUUCAAUGUCGGCGAAGGCCCUGCAGUGGCCCUUGCAGGGUUCAACAGCCAGAACCCAGGGCUCAUCGUGGUCGCGGACGCUGUAUUCGGGUCGAAGCCGCCGAUCCCUGUGGAGGUGCUGGAGAAGUCGUUCCAGGUCGGGAAGGACGUGAUCGAGGAGCUCAUGGCGCAGUUCAAGUAGAAAUGAGAUUCUGAGACCUUAAAAUAUAUGAGGUCUCUGAUUGAUGCCUUUAGUUGUUGGAUCGAUUUAUGUACCUUUGAAUAAAGGUGGCAGGUAUCUAUGUAGUAACUGCUACACUUUGCAACUAGUGCUCUGGUUUGUUGGGACAAUGAAAGAUGUAUUUGCUUUUGAAUAAUAUUGAUGGUGAUGAUCGUUGAAUAAUUUAUUCCUUAA